UAAACAUUGGAAACAGUAAAUACUUAAUCAUGUCACAGUCUUUUAAUUUUGUUGUGUUGUGUCCAAACGGACGAAGGCAACCUGUCAAAGUUUCUCCAAAUAGUUGCAUCUUACAAAUAUUGGAAGAAGCAUGUGUGAAACAGAAAAUUAAUCCUGAUGAUUUUGAUAUUUGCCACUACAACAAGCCAUUGGAUUUGAGUCUACCUGUUCGUUUUGCAAGUUUACCAAAUAAUGGUCAACUGGAGUUGCGUGCUGCAAAGAAAAUUAGAACCGAGUCUUUGGUAACAAUUGGCUUGCAACUGGAAACUGGAGAACGUAUUAUGAAAGAUUUUGCGCCCUCCAGCACAGUAUGGCAAGUUUUGGAGCAAUGUUCAGAGCAAAGAUCGGAUGUUCUUUCCUUAAAAAACUUUGGCCAACCUGUUUGUGUAUAUAUGCGUCAAAAGUUGACUGGUGAGGAUCUUAAGUCAACCACAUUGCGCAGUUUAGGAUUAACCAGAGGAACAGCAAUUCUAAGAUUGAUGCAUCGUAAAGCUGAUGAAUUAGAAGGUCAAGCUCAUGUGUCUGCUCCACUCUCAAAACCUGUCCCUGAAAAACUACUUAAUACUUUGGAAACACAGAGUACAAGUCAGACGUUAUGCCAUGACAGUCCUGUGCCAGAAAAUACUUCAACUGAACAAAAAACAGCUUUUGAAAAAUCUGUUCAGUGUGAAAAGGAAACUCUCUUAAAUGCUAUAAAUCGCUCAGAAAAGGAAGAUUUUCCUGGUUCUGCAACUACAGAUGUUUUUGUCUUGAACCCAACUGAUGGAAAAGAAAUGACAAACUGUGACAGUACAGAAAUCCCUACAAAAAUGUCUAGUCCAGAGGUAUCCCUAAGGAAUGAGCUUGAAGAAGACAUGGACAUCAAUGAAAGCACUGUGGAUGAGACUUGUCCUAAAUUUGAUGUUAGAGAUAUUAAAUAUAUUAGUGAAAGACAUUGUAUCCUGUACAGCUUAAAUGACAUAACAGAAACUAAAAAAGCUGAUCUUCCAGAUGAAUUCUUUGAAUUGACAAUCAAUGACGUAAAAUAUCUAAUGGAAGAGUACAAAAAAGCAAGAAAUGAAAUGGAAAACCAACCGCUAUUAACCAGGCAGCAAAGAGAAAGACAAUUUUUGCAAAAAUUGUCCUACUACAGAGAAACUGUCAUUCGUAUUUAUUUUCCUGAAAAGUUAGUUCUACAAGCUAUUUUUAUGAGCAUUGAAACAGUUCAGCACGUACUGGACUUUGUAAGAACUUUUUUGGAUGAUGAUCAGUUAGAUUUUUAUCUCUAUAUUACACCUCCUAAACAGAAGUUACCUUCUACCAAGACAUUAUUAGAGGCAAUGCUAAUACCUGCAGCAGUUGUAUACUUUGGUUGUGAUAGCUAUCGUCCAAAUUACUUACAAGCUGGUCUUACAGAAAAAAUAUCAGAUCCAAGAGCUGCAUCCUUUGCAGCUGCAGAAUCACGCAAGCAAAGUUUAACCUCAACACCUCUUCACAACAUAGUAGACAUUGAAGAAAAAAAUGAAAAUGUAAUUCCUAGUACAAGUUCUGCUGAAGCCCCGGUGAAACUGCAAAAUUCUGGUAAACUUCCAAAGUGGAUAAAAUUAAGUAAACAAUGAAGCUGUUAUUGAAGUCAAUUUUGAGUUACAGGUUUAAAAUGUUGAUAAUAUCCUUUUGUAUAAUCCACCAUUAUGUCUUGUGCUGCUUCAGGCAGUUCUUUUGUAUAUAAUCCUGUAAAAUAAAG